CCUGGGAGGCAGGGCUCAUCCCACAAGUUGCCAUGGUGGCCCCUCCUCCUGCCCCUUACUCAUUAGCCAAGCUGUACUGACACGGGUUGCCCAGGCAGGGGACAACUCGCUGGACAAAGCUGGCCGUGCGGGCGCUCAGGCGUGCAGGGUGGCCAGCGCCCGGCCAGGAAUGGACAGCCUCCAGGACACAGUGCCCCCGGACCACGGGGGCUGCUGUCCUGCCCUCAGCAGGCUGGUUCCCAGAGGCUUUGGGGCUGAGAUGUGGACUCUCUUUGCCCUUUCUGGACCCCUGUUCCUGUUCCAGAUGCUGACUUUCAUGAUCUACAUCGUGAGCACUGUGUUCUGUGGGCACCUGGGCAAGGUGGAGCUGGCAUCGGUGACCCUUGCGGUGGCCUUUGUCAAUGUCUGCGGAGUUUCUGUAGGAGUUGGUUUGUCUUCGGCAUGUGACACCUUGAUGUCUCAGAGCUUCGGCAGCCCCAACAAGAAGCACGUGGGCGUGAUCCUGCAGCGGGGCGCGCUGGUCCUGCUCCUCUGCUGCCUCCCUUGCUGGGCGCUCUUCCUCAACACCCAGCACCUCCUGCUGCUCUUCAGGCAGGACCCGGACGUGUCCAGGUUGACUGAGGACUAUGUCAUGAUUUUCAUUCCAGGACUUCCGGUGAUUUUUCUUUACAAUCUGCUGGCAAAAUAUUUGCAAAAUCAGAAGAUCACCUGGCCCCAAGUCCUCAGUGGUGUGGUGGGCAACUGUGUCAACGGUGUGGCCAACUAUGUCCUGGUUUCUGUGCUGAACCUGGGGAUCAGGGGCUCUGCCUAUGCCAACAUCAUCUCCCAGUUCGCACAGACCGUCUUCCUCCUUCUCUACAUUGUGCUGAAGAAGCUGCACCUGGAGACGUGGGCAGGUUGGUCCAGCCAGUGCCUGCAGGACUGGGGCCCCUUCUUCUCCCUGGCUGUCCCCAGCAUGCUCAUGAUCUGUGUUGAGUGGUGGGCCUAUGAGAUCGGGAGCUUCCUCAUGGGGCUGCUCAGCGUGGUGGAUCUCUCAGCCCAGGCUGUCAUCUACGAGGUGGCCACUGUGUCCUACAUGAUUCCCUUGGGGCUCAGCAUCGGGGUCUGUGUCCGAGUGGGGAUGGCUCUGGGGGCUGCGGACACUGUGCAGGCCAAGCGCUCGGCCGUCUCGGGCGUGCUCUGCAUAGUUGGCAUUUCCGUGCUCCUGGGCACCGUGAUAAGCAUCCUGAAAAAUCAGCUGGGGCGUAUUUUUACCAGUGAUGAAGAUGUCAUUGCCCUGGUGAGCCAGGUCUUGCCGGUUUAUAGCGUCUUUCACGUGUUUGAGGCCGUCUGUUGUGUCUAUGGCGGAGUCCUAAGAGGAACUGGGAAGCAGGCCUUUGGUGCCGCUGUGAAUGCCAUCACCUACUACAUCAUCGGCCUACCACUGGGCAUCCUUCUGACCUUUCUGGUCAGAAUGAGAAUCAUGGGCCUCUGGCUGGGCAUGCUGGCCUGUGUCUUCCUGGCAACUGCUGCCUUUGUUGCCUAUACUGCCCGGCUGGACUGGAAGCUUGCCGCAGAGGAGGCUAAGAAACACUCAGGCCAGCAGCAGCAGCAGCAGAGAGCAGAGAGCACUGUACCCAGACCUGGGCCUGAGAAAGCAGUCCUAUCUUCAGUGGCUACAGGGAGUUCCCCUGGCAUUACCUUGACAACGUAUUCAAGGUCUGACUGCCAGGUCGACCUCUUCAGGACUCCAGAGGAGGCCCACAUCCUUUCAGCUCCUGCCAGCAGACUGUCAGUGAAACAGCUGGUCAUCCGCCGUGGGGCUGCUCUGGGGGCGGCGUCAGCCACACUGCUGGUGGGGCUCGCGGUCAGGAUCCUAGCCACCAGGCACUAGCAAAGCAGCUUGGAAACAGAAAGCCAGGAGUGGCUGUCCCCGGUACCCAAACACACCACGGUCUGCCCUGCAAAAGCGCCAAUGGGGUCCCGUGCAGGAGGACACUUUGAACGACUCCUCAAAAAAAGAACUUUGGCUGAUUCCUUGUGGUGACACUCAGAGGGGUCUGAACAGAGCGGACUUCACAAUUCUCUUCUGGUCAAGCUGGAGUUUUCUUCUCUGGCCUGGAUUGCUCUGUAGAAGACAUCAGCCAACUGCACGAGUCAGAGUCCAGGGACUGCCACUAUUAUUAAUAAUGUAAAUGGCUUCAAAUGGGAGACUGCAGAUACAAUCACCAAAACCACUGUUACAUUAAAGAUUACACAUUUCCUAGG